ACAUGUAAUAUUGGAUGGAAAUUAUUAACUAUUUGGUGGACAGUUUCUACACUUAGAUUAAAAUAUUAUGGAACAUGGAAAUUAACAGAAUCACUUGGAGAAAUUUCAGGAUGUGGUUAUACUGGAACAACAAAAGAAGGAAAAGAUCAAUUUUUAUUAUAUAGAAAUGUUAGUAUUUUAGAAUUUGAAAUAUGUAGAUCAUGUAAAGUAAAUAUGGAUCUUUGGAAUACUUAUGUUCAAAAAUGGUUAAAAAAUUAUGUUUAUGUUUCAAUGAUUGGAACUCCUUUAGAAAAAUAUAAAACUACUUUAACUAUGGUAGUUUGUGCAUUUUGGCAUGGUGUAUAUCCUGGUUAUUAUAUUUCAUUUCUUAUAUUAGGUUUUGAUAAAGAUUUAUCAAAUUUAAUUUAUAAACGUCUUGAUCCUUUUAUGAAAAUAAAAUUUGGUGAAAAAAGUAUUCAAUGGAAACUUUAUGAUAUUUUAUUAAGAGUAUUUAAUCAUUGGCAUUUAAAUUAUGCUGUUUAUCCUUUCAUGAGAUUCGAAUUAAUCCCAUCACUUAUUGUACUUUAUAGAACUUAUUUCCUUGGUUAUCUUAUUCCUUUAUUCCUUUAUUUAUGGUUAUCUUAUUAUCCUCCUCAUUUAUCUUAUCAAAAUACUAUGAAUGAACAAUUAAAACAACAAAAAGAUUCAACAUUCCUCAAAAAAGAAGAUUAA